GGUUGAUCCCUCACUCUAUUGUCUGGGAAGAAAGAAGCGCAGCUGCUUUCUCUUCUGGUGCACUAUUGAAAGAAAAGCUUCAAGUUCAACGGGAAAAUUUCACAGCCUCUUGGAGGGUCUUUGGUCUCCUUUUGCUGCUCUUGAUCGGCAAGUCCAAGUCCAGCUGAACAUCCAUAAACUGGUCCAAUGCCAGUUUAUCCUGGAAGGCCUCUGUAACAUCUGGUAUGCCAAGAACACAAGUCUCCACAGAUACCCUGCCAGUUCAGAUCAUGGCUCCUUGGCCUGAGUUGGAAAACUCUCAACCCAAUAACUAUACUGAAGACUCCUCCAAGCAAGACAAGGCCAUGUCUGAAAAAGAUGGAGAAAAUCACAAAGACAAUGUUCAAAGUAAAGGUGGACUUCAGCCUGCACAUUCCAACGUUGCCUUGAUAGAUGAGCCAGGGCAGGAAGACCCUUGGAGUAUGCUGGUGCUUCAGGACACUGGGGUCAAGUGGGCAGACCUGGAUAACAAAGGAAAAAUCAUCUGUGUACUCAGAGGGAUAGCAAAGUUUAUUGUCUUGCUUGGACUACUCUACUUCUUUGUGUGCUCCUUGGAUAUACUGAGCUCUGCCUUCCAGUUGGUGGGAGGUAAAGCAGCAGGGGACAUUUUUCGAGAUGGUUCUGUGCUGUCAAAUCCUGUUGCUGGUCUGGUGAUUGGAGUUCUGGUGACAGUCAUGGUGCAGAGCUCUAGCACUUCCUCAUCCAUUAUAGUCAGCAUGGUGUCUUCUACAUUGUUGAGUGUAAAGUCUGCUAUUCCUAUCAUAAUGGGGGCAAAUAUUGGUACCUCAAUUACAAACACAAUUGUGGCGCUCAUGCAAGCUGGAGACAGGAAUGAAUUUAGAAGGGCCUUUGCUGGAGCUACAGUCCAUGAUUUCUUUAACUGGCUCUCAGUGUUUGUGUUGUUGCCCCUUGAAGCAGUAUCUGGUUAUCUUUAUCGUCUUACUAAUCUUAUAGUUGAAUCCUUUCAUCUUGAGAGUGGCGAAAAUGCCCCUGAGCUGCUAAAAGUCAUCACAGAUCCUUUUACAAAGCUUAUCAUCCAGCUUGAUAAAUCAGUAAUAAAUGCAAUUGCUACAAAUGAGGAAGGAGCAAAAAACAAAUCCCUGGUAAAGACUUGGUGCAAAACUAAAACAAAUGUGACUAUGCAGAAUGUCACCAUUCCAGCCUCAGAAAACUGUACAUCCCCUGACCUUUGCUGGACUGACAGAAACUUGACAUGGACCAUCAAAAAUGUUUCUCUUACAGAAAAUAUUAAAAAAUGCCAGAAUCUCUUUGCAGGAACAAAUCUUGCUGAUCUCGCUGUUGGUCUCAUCCUGCUUGCAGGGUCUUUGAUAAUUUUGUGCAUCUGUUUGGUGCUGAUAGUUAAGUUACUGAAUUCUGUGCUUAAAGGACAAGUGGCCUCAGUUAUCAAGAAGAUGCUCAAUACCGAUUUCCCAUAUCCUUUUUCUUGGGUAACUGGAUACUUGGCAAUGGUUGUUGGAGCUGGUAUGACGUUCAUUGUUCAAAGCAGUUCUGUUUUCACAUCUGCUAUUACGCCACUUGUUGGUAUUGGUGUUGUAAGCAUCGAGCGUGCUUACCCCCUUACGUUGGGGUCUAACAUUGGUACGACCACGACUGCUAUACUUGCUGCUUUAGCAAGUCCAGGCAGUACAUUAAGAUAUUCAUUACAGAUUGCUUUGUGUCACUUUUUUUUCAAUAUUUCCGGGAUUAUUCUGUGGUACCCAAUACCUUUCACCCGGGUACCAAUCCGCCUCGCAAAGAGUUUGGGGAACAUAACAGCCAAGUACAGAUGGUUUGCUGUUUUUUAUCUAAUCCUCUGCUUCUUCCUGAUCCCAUUGGCUGUGUUUGGUUUGUCGGUAGCUGGCUGGCAGGUCCUUCUGGGUGUUUGUGGUCCCAUCCUACUGGCUUUGAUUGUGGUGAUUGUGAUUAAUGUUCUGCAGUCCAAACGGCCAAAUAUACUGCCUACAAAGCUCCAAAACUGGGAUUUCCUUCCCAGGUGGAUGCACUCCUUGAAGCCAUGGGAUAAUGUGAUAAUUUCUGCAGUCUCCUUCUGUGGGAGAUACUGCUUCUGCGACAAGUGCUGCAAAUGCUGCAAAGGCAAGACGGAAGAUGAGCUGGCCAGAGACAAGCAGGGAAAGGCUAUGGCAGUUUAUGAUAACACAGUUGAAUUGACUGAUGAAGAAAAUUGUGUUACAAAGACACAAUCAGCAGCUGGUGGUGAGAAAACCUACUCAGACAACACAGCCUUCUAGGAGGGGGUCAAUCUGUAACAGAAAAGGUACAGUAUAAGACAAUCAAUCUCUUGAAAAUCAGCUUGGGCAGUAUACUGAGGAAUGAAUGAAAACUUUGUUAGGUUCUUGUAUCCAGUGGUAUACUACUCAUCAAGGAAUGCAGUAGAACAAAUUCUACAGGGUUCCCAGAAAAUCUAAGAUCAGGUAAAAAGCUAAGGAUGGAUUUUUAUCUGAAGGAUCUACCAAAGGAUACAUUAAUUCAAGGUCAGCAGUACCAAACAAAUGAACGUUGAUAUGCAGUCCCAUUAACAGAAUGGCUCCAAUGAGUUGAGA